AUGGCUCAAGGUAGGAUUAUCUUCUAUGAGGACAAGAACUUCCAGGGCCGCUCCUAUGAGUGCAGCUCGGAUUGUCCUGACAUGUCUUCAUACUUCAGUCGCUGCAACUCCAUCAGGGUAGAGAGUGGAAACUGGAUACUCUAUGAACAACAUAACUACAAAGGACACCAGUAUUAUCUUAGGAGAGGAGAAUAUCCUGAUUUCCAGCAAUGGAUGGGUUACAACGACUCUAUAAGAUCGUGCCACCUGACUCCACAACAUGGUGGUCCAUUCAGACUGAGGAUUUAUGAGAGAGAAGAUUUCAAAGGCCAAAUGAUGGAGUUCACUGAAGAUUGUCCUCAUGUCUAUGAGCAAUUCCGUUACCAUGACAUCCACUCCUGCAACGUGUUUGAUGGUCACUGGGUGUUCUAUGAUGAACCCAACUACAAGGGGCGCCAGUACUAUCUGAGACCUGGAGAGUACAAGAGAUACAAUGACUGGGGUGCCAUGAAUUCCAGAGUUGGUUCUUUCAGAAGAGUUCAAUACCUUCACUAA